AUGUUCCAGCCCGAUGACUAUGUCAACUUCCAGUGCUCUCGGCUGACCGAAUGCAAGCGAUGCAGCAGUCGGAGAGAGGCUGCAAGAACAAGGCUUGGAAGAUCUCCGCGCAAAACUUCAAGGUCACCUGGCCCUUUCCGACGGCCGCUGCCUCGUGCUUCGUCCCCACCGCCACCACCUUGUGCUCCAUGUGUAAACAAAGCUUCGACAAACGAGUACCCCGAGACAUGCGAUAUGGUUUCGCAGCUUCUUGAAGAUUUCACAGAACGUGUACAGAGCCUGUUCUUGGCGCUGAUGGGUUUUAAUCAUCCUCACAUGGAGCGAUUGCAAGCUGCACUUGAUCAACAUGUCGUGGCACUUGGUCGUGGCUUGAUGCGAGUGAUGGCAUUGAAAGAUGCAUUCAGUGCUUUCAGACGUGCAAUCAACGGCAGCCAGUUAUGGAAGAAAUUGCGGCACUGCCACCAGCGCCUCUUUUAUUGUCAACACCAAGUGCAAGCAUAUGCGGCUACAGCCGCGGAGGAGGCAUCUCUCCGACAGGAGAGCUUGGAGACUUCUAUGCUGCUCCGCGAGCAGGCAGCCCGAGCACGCUCUAUGGCAGCCAAGAAGCUCCGACGAGGCCCAGAGGCAUUCGUGAAGGCGCCGUGGUUGUACGUCUGCUUCAACCAUUGGGGCAAGCUGACAAAGCUGAGAGCGUCCAAAAGGUUGAUGGUCGAGCACGAGCAUUCGUGCAGGCUUCAUGCGGCCAGGGCAUGCGUGCUGCAGUCCUGCUUCCUACACUGGCGUCAAUCAUCGAGCAAUUCUAGACGGGAACGUCUUCUUGGGGCCAAAAGCAAUGCAGCUGCGCUGGCUGUUUUUGCUCAAGAACAACGCAUCAAAGCUGCAGUGCAACAUGUGGUCACCAACACCGUUCACAAGCAGAAUUCUCCAGGCAUGUGGAAGAUCCUUGGUCGUUGGCAGCUUCUGACCUUGAGGUCGCAUCGAAGCAGAUGGCAAGAGCGAGCUGCUGCAGCCGAGCUGGCCGUGCAUCAAGAGGGUGCGCUACGACAGCGGAUGAUGCAAACUCUGAGCCGUAGAUGUUGUGAGGGAACUCAUCAAGGCCUCCUCAAGGCUGCGCUUGCGCGCUGGAUGGCUGGCGCAUGCAUGUCUGCUACCUUCCGACGGAGCCGCGAAGGGGCCCAGAAAGCGACUGCUUGGAACGUCAGCCUACUUUUGCGUCGUCAAACGAGAUGCACAGCAUGGAGGUGCUUGACUUCCUGGUCACUUCACAACAAGAUUCGAACACUGCAAGAGUCACUGACCAGACUGUCUGAGCAAACGGCACCUACACCACGGCGUCCGGCUAGCGCUUCCGACAGAUGCAAUGUGGGCCAUGCUGUCGAAUCAGAAGAUAGGACUUUCCAACGAAGGUGGGAAAGUGCGCCAGGCUCCCCGCGCAAUGCGCAAGCCUUCCCUCGCAUCUUUCGGCCAAGCCAGGAGACUUCAAGGCAGACAGCCGCCCUUCUUGGCCAGUACAGCUUCUCUGAUUCCCCGAUGACGUCCUGGGAGGUCAAGCAACACCUGCAUGCAGCUGCGGAUGCCGUCUUUCAACAGUUUGGUUCAUCGACUCGAAACGCGUCGCCAGAAGCGAUGAAGCACUGGUCAUUGGCCAAUGAAGCGUCCAUGUCGGAAGCGGGCUACCAGAAGCUGCGUGAGUAUCAUCGAGAACAAGCUCGCGAGAGACGCAAGCAACGAUCUAGCAGAUGA